UUUGUUUAACAAUAGGUCAAAAACAAGAAAAACGUCACUAUUACGGUGCUAUUACGGUUAGUAACCAAUUGAAAAAAUCUAAGUUUAUAAUUAAGAAUUAAAAAAUUCCAGAAUUAAUAUUGUUUGAAGCCAUAUAACUCAUAAUUGUGAGUCAUCUGUCAGGACAUAAAAAUGGACGGAGGAUUCUCUUCUUAUCAUAAUGGGGGUCCAACUUCCCUACAAGAUUUUGGGAGAUUAUCUCAAACCAUAGGCACUUCGAUAUUAAAAAUAUCUCAAAAUGUAUCGUCUAUGCACAAAAUGGUCAAUCAACUCGGUGGUUCAACGGAUUCUCAGGAACUUAGGAACCAAUUGCAUCAAAUUCAGCAUUAUACUCAGCAAUUGGCUAAAGACACCAAUGUUCAUCUUCGUGAUUUAGCAACUUUAGCAAGUAAUUCGGGAUCAAGCAGUCCUGGAGAGCAACGUCAACGAAAAAUGCAAAAGGAACGACUUCAAGAUGAAUUUACAACUGCAUUAAACAGUUUUCAGGCGGUACAGAGAAAUGCGGCUUCCAAAGAAAGGGAAUUGGUCAGAAAAGCAAAGGCCAGUGCUGGUCUUGGUCCACCUAGUGAAAGGAAACAAGAAACUCUUAUUGAAUUGCAGGACAAUCGAACUCAAAAACAAAUACAACAACAACAAAUGCAAGAAGAACAUAAUUUGCGAAUGUUAGAAGAACAGGAGGCAAAUAUUCGUCAGUUAGAAAGCGAUAUCCAAGAUGUGAAUCAAAUUUUCAAAGAAUUGGGAGCUCUCGUUCAUGCUCAAGGAGAAAUUGUUGAUUCAAUAGAAGCAUCAGUUGAAAGAACAGAAGUUUUUGUUAAUGAAGGAACAGAACAACUUAGGAUGGCAUCGAAUUAUCAAACUAAAUUGCGUAAAAAGAAAUGUUUUCUCCUUAUCAUUGGCGUUGUUGUUUUAGCCAUUUUAAUUGGAAUAAUCGUCUGGCAAUCUAAUUAAAGUAUUUAUACCAAAAUUGAUUAUCGAAUAUCGACGCUGCCUCGUGGGCGAAAAUUGAUUAAAAAAAAAAAAUGAGGAUUCCUCCUUUACAGCUUCAGGAAACUUUUUUAUCGCAAAGGAUGUUUGCGAUGGAUCCAUGUCAGAGUAUAGGAAGCUUUAAAUUGUCUCGCGAAAGUAUAAUUUUCACUCAAUAGUGAUAAAAAAAAAUGCAGUUUUUCCAUAAAUGAGCAAAGGGAACUAUUUUAAUUUGCCUUAAUUUGUAAAAUAAUUUAAAUAGCCAUAUAAAAAAAAAUGUUUAAAUUAUAUUACUGAAUAUUUAUAUAUAUUAUUUCAAUCAUAUAACAAUUAUAUUAUUUUUAAUUAAAUGGAGAACAAUUUUUUUGUGUUAAUGAGAUGAUAAAAUUUACUGUACGUAAAUCGUAGAGGUUUUUGGGAAGAAUUAGGCCGAUGAGAAUUGAAUUAUGUUAUAUAUUAUUGUUGUGUGGUAUACGAAAGGGCACUUUCGAAUGAUCUGUAAAUCAUUCCUUAGUUUAUAAUUUUAAGAUUCUCACUUUUAGAAAUUUCAUUUUUUCCAGUACUUUAGUACAUAAUAACAAUAUUAUAUAUAUAUAUUUAAUUAUUUAUAUAUAGAAUGUUAAUCUAUAAUCGAAAAAAAAAUGAAUUAUUUUAAUCAAAAUGGAAUAAAUUCUUUAUUAAAGCAAUAUUAUUAUACUAAUGCUCAUGUAUAUUAAUAAUAAUUCAUAUUUUAUUUCUAAA